AGCUCAAGUGCAAUCCUGUCAGGGUUAACAAGCGGCAGACUGUAAUUAACCUUCGAGAGAAUUGUGACGGCAGGAUGUAUACUGAUCGAGUUUCGAUUUGAAUACGCGAAUAUAAGUGACAAUUUGGCAUCUAACAAUAAGGGUGAGAUCAGUGUAGCAUAAUUCUCGUUGUUUCUCUGCGUAAUUUUCAUUAUUUGGAAAACGAAGAAUUGAAUUCUGCAAAGUGAAACUGGAAGAGAAUACAGAAAUAUCAAUCGACUUUCCGGUAUGCUGUGUUUCUGCUACUACGAAAAAUAGUGGUAGUUACCAUGAUCUCAAGUCAGUACCCGAAUUUCAAUAACAAUAGUUUUAACACUUCCGGGAAUUCCCUUAUGGGCACGCCUUUCUCAGUUAAGGAUAUUCUCAAUUUGGCUGAGCAAGGAGGACAUUUUAUGCCCAUGAUGGAUUCGCAGCAAGCAUCAUUCUUCUUUGAGGAUUGCGGCAGUGGUCCUAAUAACAUGAACACAUCUUUUUCUUUUACCAGCAUUGAUACGAACAGUAAUGGGGUUCUCGACCCAUUCGCAGUGACAUCUGGUGAUUUCUACAACUACCACAAUAACAAUAAGCUUGCGGACUCGUACAACAAUAGCUGUCCAGACCUCGUUAUUAACAGUUACCAUGGUCACCAACAGAUGGCACCAUCUCCUGUUGCACCGCUGUCCCAAUACUCUACUUCCCCCACAUCGGCAAUCAACAAUGCCCCUGCUGGAGGAAGUGGUGGAGGUAUUCCUCAUAUGACAUCACCGCACGUUCAACAACUGAGUCACUUGUGUCCACCAUUCCCGGAUAUCUGUGAAAGCAACAAUGAAGCACCGCUCACAACGGCACAAGACGGCCCUUGCAGCGACAAUUCAGCUAAAGGAUCACAACCGAAUGGCGCUAAAUCAGACAUAAGGAAAGGAGAAACAGCGGGACAUCGCCAGAGAGUCAAACGAAAACCGCGGGUUCUCUUUUCUCAGGCUCAAGUUCACGAACUGGAAAGACGCUUCAAGCAGCAGCGUUAUCUUUCGGCUCCAGAACGGGAGCAUCUAGCGAACGCCCUGAAACUCACAUCAACACAGGUGAAAAUCUGGUUCCAAAACCGCCGCUACAAAAACAAGAGGCAGAGGCACCUGCUGGACGGGGCGAACAGUGGCAGCAAGUUCCAGCAGCAGCAGCAGCCCCGCAGGAUUGCCGUGCCAGUUCUUGUGCGAGAUGGGAAACCCACUCCUUCCGGGAGCCAUCACCUCAUCACUAAGAACUAUUCUGCACCUUCGCAUUACCUGGGACAGCCUCCACCAACGUACUCGACCCUGCUGCCCCACAAAUUUGAACCUCCCUCCCCAUCACUUGAAGGUUACACACACAUCCAGGAACACCCGCACUAUGGCAGACAGACAAGUGUGGAAGGAAACCCUCUCAGGACAUGGUAACGUGUGGCUUUGUUGAUAUCGCAGCGGGGAACUGAACUCCACACCAAAAUGAUAAAAUGUAUGUAUGAACAGUUUGCCAAGAGCACCUGCAUCAAACUCUACAAUUGCGAGAUUUAGACUGCAAAAUGACUGAGACGGAAGUAGGUUACGCUGUCCUGAAAUCCCUCUGAAAUUUGGUGGGCUUUAAGUCUAUGUUGGAGUUUCAGUGUUAUCACAAUCUCAUUGCAAGUUCUUCACGUCACGUCUGAUUGGAACACAUCGCACCAGUGUAGCAAACAGGAAAGAGUUUUAAGCGUUUUGAAUCGCAGCCACGUUAUUCUGACGGACUUUCAUCUACAACAUAUUUAUGUACAGAAACGAAG